CAGUUUCCCCUGGAGUUAAACGGUAAGGCACUGGCCUCCGAACCCGUUUCCAGGCGCUCACCCUGGACACGAGUGGGGCCUUUCUUGGGGUUGGACUUCCGGGACUGCGGGCCGCAGGGAUCGGCUGCUUUCUCAAGUGGCUGCUGUUUGCUAGGACCUGCUCUUUGCUUUUCCAGACACAACAGCUGGGAGCCGGAGGAGAACAUCCUGGACCCGCGGCUGCUGCUGGCCUUCCAGAAGAAGGAACAGGAGAAGGAGGUGCAGAACCGGAAGAAAGGCAAGCGGCCCCGGGGCAGGCCGCGGAAGCUGGCGGUGCUGUCCUCCUGCAGCCGGCACUCCAAGCUCAAGGAACCGGACACCUCCUCCAAGUGCAAGUCCAGCAGCUCCUCCUCGUCCUCCACGUCCUCCUCCUCUUCCUCUGAUGAAGAGGCGGACAGCGACCUAGACGCCAAGAGGGGCCCCCGCGGCCGGGAGACCCACCCGGUGCCGCAGAAGAAGGCGCAGAUCCUGGUGGCCAAGCCCGAGCUGAAGGACCCCGUCCGACAGAAGGGCGAGCUGGGGUUCAGUCCCCCAGGAAGCAAGCUCCCCAAGGCCCCCGGCAGUGGGGCGAUGGAGCCAAAAGGGGGGGCCGGGGGGCCCCCGCACGCCCACAGUAGCAGCAAGGUGCCUGCCGGUGGCCUGGGCCCUCAGCCUGCACCCACCCAGGAGCUGAGCCUCCAGGUCUUGGACUUACAGAGCGUCAAGAAUGGCAUGCCGGGGGUGGGCAUGGUUGCCCGCCAUGCCACAGCCGCCAAGGGCGUCCCUGCCGCUGUGUCCGGCGCUGGGAAGGGUGCUGGGCCUGGCCCCGCUGGGGCCCACGGAGCCACAGCAUCCGACUCGGACCCGGACUCGGCCUCGCCGCCCGGUGCCAAGCAGAGCCUGUCGGUGUCAGUGCAGACCAGCCAGGACUGGAAGCCCCCCCGCAGCCUCAUCGAGCACGUCUUUGUCACCGACGUCACCGCCAACCUCAUCACAGUCACCGUGAAGGAGUCCCCCACCAGCGUGGGCUUCUUCAGCCUGCGGCACUACUGACGCCGUGGCCACCGCCGCCUCCCCCGCCCCGGCCUCUGGUUUGGCUCCAGUAAGUGACCCACACCCCAGGCCACUCCAGGGCAGGCAGGAGGCCUCCCGGGCCCACCCGGGCCCGGGGCGUCCGGCCGGGUCGUACCUCGAUGCCUUGCUGGGGCCUGGCCACCCCGUUCCUACCUCGGCCUUCGCUUCCCUGUGGCCUCAGGAAGUCUGGGCACCCCCUGCAGCUCGAGCCAAAUCUCGGAACUGCCCUCCUGGCUGUGGUGACGGCUCCCGGUUCCCAGGGGCACAGUGUCCCAGGAGGAAACUUCUGGGCCAGCGUGGCUGUUCUGCCCGGUGGCACGUGGCUAUUGGAGUUGGGGCAGGGGGCGGGGGGAGCAGGCCUGGAGGACCACACCAGCGUAGGUGGACAAGAUGUGGGGAGCAGGGGCCUUGCUGUCAGAAACCCCCCCCCCCCCCCAGCUGUGCCUGAGCUGUCAGAGGUGAGGGGACUUCAUCUCCCUGACAGCUGAGGGCUGUGCGCGGUGCGGGAGGCAGGAACCCUAGAGAGGUUGCUCUGGUGCCGUCUAACCUGGGGCCGCUACACUGGCAAGUCCCUGAGCUGCUGCACCUGGAGAGCCAGCCUCUGGGUUUAGGGGGCAGGAGGAGAGGGUGUUGCUCCUGCUGCCUGCCUUCUGCCACCUGUGCCAGGGCCGCGCAGUCCUCAUCUCAGCCCCACAGACUGCCCGGGCCUGCUGGCUGUGCGGGGGCCCGCCACCCCUGACAAUCCCCCCACCUCUGGGGGCUCCGUGUCCUUCCCAGCGGAGAAGCUGCCUGCCUGCCUGUGCGUUGGGGAGGCGAGGCAGAAUCAGAGGGGCCCACCAGGUGGAGGCCCCGGGAGCUGUCCUGGGCGCGGGAGAGGUGGGCCAACUGGGGCGUCACCGGGUCUGUAAUGCCAAAAAGGGGGGCUUCGGGGGACUCUGGUGUUUUUUCCAAUGAUUGGUUAAGUCAGCCAGAGGUGUGGGGCCCUGACUGCAGGAGAUCCGGGCUGACACAGGCUGUUCCCCGGGGCGGGCCUGCUACCCCUCCACCCCCUUCCCCACUCCCAGCCCCACCCUCCGUGCCAAAUAGGACACGGGCUUUGUAGCCAAAUCUGUUUGAACUGUGUGCCUUUGGGGACAGCCUGUGUCCAGGGCCCCACUGUGGGGUCUCCACAGGAGCUGGGGCUCAAACACGGCAGCCCCGCCGGCUGCUGCAGGAACGGUGCCCACCUUGGCAGCCGGGGGCGAGGAGUCCCCGACCACCAGGCUGAAACUGGAAAGUGGGCCGUAAAGGGAGAGUGGCCCCCUGCGCGCUCAGGCGGGGGAGGUAGGGAUCCCAG